AUGCUGAUCAUCGAUCAGCCCCUCACCACCCACAGCAUAUCUCCUCGAACCCCGCAACCACAACCCCCGAUUCCAUCCCCGUCCCUCCAAGCACACCCCCCAACCCUCGCUGCAAUGGCGGCGGCCCGCGUGCCUCGCCGUGCGAGGAUCGUGUCAGCCCCAGCGUCAGCGAUCGCGCUGUCGCAGCGGAUCGUAGGCUCGUCGCUCUCGUCCCACAUCGCACGAUCUGCCUUCCAGUCUCCCGUUCUUCCAUCCCACGCUCCCGCCGCCACCGCAGCCGCAACCGCCGCCGCCGCUUCCGCUACUUCUGGUGUCAGUAGCGGAACCGUCACUGAUCCAGCAGCCGAUAGGGACGCUACAGACGCUACUGUAGCUUGUAUCGAGGGUUCUUGUAAAGGGGUUGCGGCAGGGAGAUUCAGCCGGCCCCGCUUUUCCCUCCUCGUUCCUGCGGCGUCGAUCGCCCUCACCCACCCAUGGCCGCCGCUCCACCACCCGCUCUCCGCCGCGCCCAUCCCCGCGCUCGUCCGCUUCCUCUCGUCCUCCGCGCUAGCGCCGCAGCAGCUUCACUCCAGCGGCCUAUCUGGCAACGCGGGCGCGGACAGCAGCAGCAGCAGCAGCAGCAUCAUCGAGGCGCUGCCGCCCUCUGUACCCCGUGCCGUUCCUGACCCCGGCGAGUCCCUCUCAGCGCGAGUGGACCUGGCGGGCAGCGAGGUGGUGUUUGAGACGGGGCGGCUGGCGCGCCUGGCGUCAGGCGCCGUGGUGGUGGGCGUGGGCGACACCAAGGUGCUCGUCACAGCCGUCGCCUCCCACGAUAGGGACACUUCUCGGGACUUCCUGCCCCUCAUGGUGGACUACAGGGAGAGGCAAUAUGUGAUGGGCCGCAUACCCAACACGUACAUGCGACGGGAGGGCGCGCCCAAGGAGAGGGAGAUCCUCUGUGCGCGCAUCAUCGACCGCUCCAUUCGCCCGCUCUUCCCUAAAGGCUUCUUCUACGAUACCCAGAUCACGGCCUCGGUGCUGAGCAGCGACCAGGAGCAGGACCCGGACGUGCUGGCAGUGAAUGCAGCGUCGGCAGCACUGUGCAUCUCGGACAUCCCCUGGAACGGCCCCAUUGGCUGCGUGCGCGUGGGGCGCAUUGACGGGCAGUUUGUUGUGAACCCAUCCAUGACGCAGCUUGCCAGCAGCGACCUGUCUCUGGUGUACGCAUGCACGCAAGAGCACGCAGUGAUGAUGGAGGUGCAGGCGCGCGAGAUAAGCAACGAGGACAUGGCAGCAGCGCUGCACCUCGCCCACGCCGAGGCCGCCAAGCUCAUUCCCCCGCAGCUGGAGCUGGCAGAGCAGGCCCGCCAGGAGAAGCGCCAGGCCGUGCCGCUGGUGGUGACGCCUGCAGUGAUGGAGCGAGUGAGGGGGCUGGCAGGGGGGGCCGUGACAGCGGUUCUCACCAAUUCUCUCUACUCCAAGGUACGUGGUGACUUGACUUGUGAGGCACCUUGGAAGCCGGCAGGGGAAGAGGCAGGCCGUGCCGCUGGUGGUGACGCCCGCAGUGAUGGAGCGAGUGAGGGGGCUGGCAGGGAACGCUGUCGAGGCUGUGCUCACCAAUUCUGCCUACUCCAAGGUAGGGGGCGGGCAUUGAGCAAGGUGCAGCAGGAUGUGGCGGAGGUGCUGGGGGGAGGGGAGAGUGGGCUUGCUGGGGAGAAGGUGGAGGGGGGAGGGGCGGAGGUGGAGCAGGAGAGGGAGGGUGGUGAUUCUGCGUUGGCCCAGCUGCCAGGCGCCAUGGAGAAACUCAAGCGGGAGGUGAUUCGCGAUGCAGUGCUGGGCAGGGGCUCGCGAGCGGACGGGCGGGGGUUGGAGGAGGUGCGGCAGGUGGCGUGUGAGGCAGGCGUGCUCAACCCACUACAUGGCUCCUCGCUCUUCUCCCGCGGGAACACGCAGGUGCUGUGCACGGUGACUCUAGGCCCUCCAGACGACGCACAACGCGUGGACUCCUUGACCGGAGUGACCCAGAAGCGGUUCAUGGUGCACUACUCCUUCCCGCCCUUCUCCGUCAACGAAGUGCGCAGCGAGCGCGGCGGGCUCAACCGCAGGGAGGUGGGGCAUGGAACACUGGCGGAGAAGGCACUGCUGGCAGUGUUCCCGGACGAGCAGGAGCUGCCAUACUCGGUGCGCGUGACGUCAGAAGUCAUGAGCUCCGAUGGCUCCUCCUCCAUGGCCACCGUCUGCGGAGCGAGCCUGGCGCUGAUGGAUGCGGGCGUGGGCGUGAGGGAGCACGUGGCGGGCAUAAGCAUGGGGCUCGUGACAGACGUUGACCCGAGCACAGGGGAGAUCAAGGACUACCGCCUGCUCACCGAUAUCCUGGGUUUAGAGGACUAUCUGGGAGACAUGGAUUUCAAGAUAGCAGGAACCCGCCGGGGAAUCACAGCCAUACAGCUCGACAUCAAGCUGCCGGGCGUUCCGCUGCCCGUGCUCUGCGCUGCUCUCGACCCGGCUCUCACCGCACGCAGCCGUAUCAUCGAGCACAUGGAGAAGGAGCUUGCUGGGCCACGCCUGGAGCACAGCGCUACCGCUCCCAGAUUCGGCACGGUGGCGAUAGACAGGGACAGCAUAGGGCGGCUGAUAGGCCCCCAGGGCUCCACUAUUAAGCAGUUGCAGCGACUCACAGGGUCGCGCAUUCAGGUGUCCAACGAGGGCUCUGUUUCCAUCUUUGCACGCGACAGCGCAUCGUUUGAAGCCACCAGAGACAUGGGACAUGGUACGCCCUCCAUUGCUCGCCCUCUUUCCCGCGCCCUUCCUCUCUCGCCCUCCCUCUCUUUUCUGCCUCACCCCUUUUCCGAUACUCCGCGUUCACCUCUCUCUCCCACCCGGGCCCCCCUUUCCGAUUUCUCCCCCUCCCCCACACCACCUGCGCCUCCCUCCCUACUGGUUCAAUUCUUUUGA